AUGGCGCCGAUGUUGGUACCGCUGAAAUGCGGCUUACACUUCCAAAGGCGAAAAUUAGCGCUUCUGCUCCGACAGACCAGCUCAUAUCACAUCUGGAAUAAGAGUCGCUUUGAAAAUGGGACUUACCAAAAACGCCAAAGUAAUUAUCAGCUGAGUUGCCCUCCACACCUACGAACAGCUACAUGGAGUACAAGCAGGACCGAAAACAGUCGCCGGAUUUUGGAGGCAGCAAAACAUUUGCAGAUUACAGACAAAAAAACAUGUUGGCACGGAAAUGCAGGAGGAAGAUUAACUUCAGAUCCAAAAAAUGUGCUGAAGGAGGUGAAUUCAGCCCAGAUCCUGUCUGCCAUGCUGUCUUAUGUGUGGCCGCAGAAUAGACCUGACCUGCGGGCUCGUGUUGCCAUCUCUCUGGGUCUACUCGCUGGAGCCAAGAUCACCAAUGUGAUGGUGCCCUUCAUGUUUAAGUAUGCAGUGGACGAGCUUAACCAGAUGUCGGGACACAUGCUGAACCUGAAUGACGCGCCAAGCACUGUGGCUACCAUGGCAACGGCCGUGCUGAUUGGCUAUGGCGUGUCACGGGCUUGUGCAGCCCUCUUCAACGAGCUGAGGAACACUGUGUUCGGCAAGGUGGCCCAGAGCUCCAUCCGACGCAUCGCCAAGAACGUCUUCCUCCACUUGCAUAAUCUGGAUCUGGGUUUCCAUCUCAGCCGCCAGACAGGAGCGCUGUCCAAGGCCAUUGACCGCGGCACACGGGGCAUCUCAUUUGUACUCAGUGCACUCGUCUUCAACCUAGGACCCACUGUCUUCGAGAUGGGCCUCGUCAGUGCUAUUUUGUAUUACAAGUGUGGCGGACAGUUUGCAGCAGUGGCCUUGGGUACCUUAUCAGCAUACACCCUCUUCACCAUUCUCCUCACUCAGUGGAGGACUCGUUUCCGGAUAGAAAUGAACAAAGCAGACAAUGAAGCCGGAAACGCAGCGAUCGACUCCCUCCUUAACUAUGAGACCGUUAAGUACUUCAACAAUGAGAAGUAUGAAGCUGAAAGGUACGAUGGAUACCUGAAGACCUACGAGUCAUCCUCUUUAAAAACCACGUCCUCGCUCGCCUUGCUCAACUUUGGCCAAAGUGCCAUCUUCAGUGUCGGCCUCACUGGCAUCAUGUUGCUGGCCAGCAAGGGCAUUGCAGCAGGUACAAUGACUGUCGGAGACCUGGUGAUGGUGAACGGUCUCCUUUUCCAGCUCUCCCUCCCCCUCAACUUCCUGGGUACAGUGUACAGGGAGACCAGGCAAGCCCUAAUAGACAUGAACACUCUUUUCACCCUGCUCAGCGUCGACACCAAGAUCAAGGAGAGGGAUCUCGCGUCGCCAUUAACCAUCGCACCGCAGGAGGCCACCAUCCGCUUUGAGGACGUCUAUUUUGAAUACCUAGAGGGCCAGAAAGUCUUAAACGGAGUGUCCUUCGAAGUGCCUGCUGGGAAGAAGGUGGCGAUAGUAGGUGGCAGCGGGUCAGGGAAGAGCACCAUUGUGCGGCUGUUGUUCCGCUUCUAUGAGCCCCAGCGGGGGAACAUCUACGUAGCGGGGCAGAAUAUCCGAGACGUCAGCCUUGACAGCCUGAGGAAGUCUUUGGGCGUUGUACCUCAGGAUGCCGUUCUGUUCCACAACACCAUCUUCUACAACCUGCAGUACGGCAACAUCAACGCUACACCAGAGGAGGUGUACCAAGUGGCGCGUCUAGCAGGCAUCCAUGAUGCUAUCCUCAGGAUGCCCCAUGGCUAUGACACCCAGGUUGGGGAGCGGGGCCUCAAGCUGUCAGGAGGGGAGAAGCAACUCGCCAUCGCCCGCGCAAUACUUAAGAAUCCACCGAUCCUCCUGUAUGACGAAGCAACAUCCUCCCUCGACUCGAUCACAGAAGAGAACAUCCUGAGUUCAAUGAAGGGGAUGGUGAAGGACAGGACAACAGUGUUCAUCGCCCACAGGCUUUCUACAAUCGUAGAUGCGGACGAGAUUAUAGUGCUCAACGAGGGUAAAGUGGUAGAACGAGGUGACCACCACACCCUCCUCAGCAUCCCAGACAGCUUGUACUCAGACCUGUGGAACACCCAGAACAGCAAAAUCCUCAACAACAAAAAGAGCUCGUCAGAGCCUCCGGCUGAGCGCCUGUCCCAGAAGGAGGAGGAGAAGAAAUUGCAGGAGGAGAUCCUUAACAGUGUUAAGGGCUGUGGGAACUGCUCCUGUUGAGAAAAGCUGCCACCUCCACGUCCCUUCAUCCCUCACAGAUGGCCUACGCUGGAAUCCGCUGGAGUCUGUGCAGCAUUGGAGAAGGAGCGGAGUAGGGGUACUUCCCCACUACCCACUCCCACUUCAGCCAAGCCCCCCACCCAUGUGA